AAAAUGAUGGUGGGAUCGGCCCGGGAUGGGAGCAGUUAAUGUUUUGAAGAACACAGAAGAGACAAACCCAGAAGUUUCUCAGAGGAAAAUGAGAGGAACAUUUGGCAGAAAGUGGACUCUAGAACGUUUAGCUUUGGGAUUCUCAAUUUCAGGACUCGAAGUUCCACUGGUGAAGAGGAACACCUAGAAAUAACUAUAAAUGUGAAAGUUAGAGAGACAGCGCUUCAAGAGUUGAAGACUGGGCACCAACAUUUGGCUGCGUGAACUGAGAAAACGCUGGAAAGUUAUACUGUUAAUAAAUUCACCGAUGCUUGGAAAACACCAUUUUUCUCAUAAACAUAUACGCCUGACAUCUUUAAUAGGCUACCACUUGGAAUUACACUUCGAUUGCAAGCCCAAAUUGUAGACUAUUUAUUGGGCUCCAACUUGGAAAUACACUUCCCAUCGAUUGCGAGCCCUAAAUUGUAGACUAUUUUUAGAGUAUCAAAUUCAGUAAUAGACCUAUAGUUUUCACAAUUUUAUUCAUGAUACUAGCUAAUUUUUGGUUUUAUUUAAAUUGGAGAAUUCCAUUCAUUAGCCUGUUUCCCGCUUGAGGACGCCUCUUUUUAAAUGGACAGGAUCUCCCUGAAUAGUCUAUAAUACAUUAUUAAAUAAGCAAUGGAAAGAUUUAUGUCAUACGGGACUUGAAUUGUAAAUAUGUAUUUUAAUUGGCCAUCCCAAAAGCCCCGGUGUCCGACAUCAUGCAUAAUAGUUCCCUCUCGUCCGAGAAUAUACAGAAAUGAACGAUGUCCAUUUUUAAGAUAGGAAUAAUUCAAAUAUUUUUCUAAUCUCAUUCAUUGUCACCUUUGCCAUAUGACAGCGAGGUUUUCAGGGGUUAAUCUUUAAUUUGCUGUUAGGUUGGGCAUAUUUGUUUCUUGUUUUAUCAAACUGUGAUAAUGCGCCAUCUGACACGGUUUUAAUAUAAUUUGUUAUCAAGUGUCUGAAAAGAACAAAGCUAUCCCCCUCGCCACUUCCUUUUUUCAGAUGCCCAUUUAAUUGUUUGGUAUUUCGUAUUUGUUUAUUUUAAAGGGAGUGGAGUCUCUUUCUUUCUUUCUUUCUUUCUUUCUUUUUCUUUCUUUUCGCAUUUUAUGUUUAAUGCUCCGUUUCGAGAGGCGCGUUGUACGGGUUAAUUUAGCGCGAGGUCCCCCGGCUCCUGUGGUGAUUAUUGCGCACAGUGGGGUUGUUGUGCUGUUCGUUCCCGCGGAGGCGAUGCCCUUUUGCGGAGAGGGCUUGUCACAGCGGACAGACGGCACUCACAAUCAGGACGCAGGGACACAAAGAGAAUAAUUGCAUUAAAAAAGGACCAUUCUUUCCCCAACUGCCCAGGAGGGGUGUUGACUGUGGGUGUUUGAGAGGCCCUUUGUUGCUUGAAAAAAAGUAGCCAAGAAUAUGCACUGUGGACUAGCUGUAUGUUUUAUGAACAGUGUUACUGUAUACUGUUAGGGCGCUCGCACACGUCUCUCUACCUCUUUGGUUCGCGGAAAAGUCAGUGAUGUGCAGUUUUAACAGAGAAAUUGGUUUGAAUACUUCGAAAGACAAAACGUUUAUGGCGUAUGCUCUUUGCGCAUUGGAUUUAGAGAAUGUUGCGCGCCUCCUGUACUUUAUCUAACAGUACAUUCUCAAAGUUAGUCUUUUCUCUAAUUCUUCAUGUUCCUGUCUGCUAAGUUUUUAAUUUGCCACCAUGAGCGUUCGUAGUAUUUCUUCCCUUGGGAAUUUGAGUUCUCAGCUCCCUUAAACGACUCACAUUUGUAACAAAUUCAUUUUAAAAGGGGGGCGUGGAAGUGAAAACCUUCAAUCAUAGGCUACCUCAAUUUGUGGAUAUUUCUUCGAGGGAUGCCAAUGGACAGAUACGCUGACAUGGAGGACAAACUGCGCAUUUUGGAGGACCUGAACAUGAUGUACAUCCGCCAGAUUGCCCUGAGUUUACAGGACAGUAACAUCCAGAAGAAAAUAGACCAUGAGAUCCGGAUGCGUGAUGGAGCCUGUAAGCUGCUGGCUGCCUGCUCCCAGAGAGACCAGGCCCUAGAGGCCUCCAAGAGCCUGCUCACAUGCAACAUCCGCAUCAUGGCCUACAUGUCGGAGCUGCAGAGGAUGAAGGAGGCCCAGGUCAUGCAGAGGGUCGCACUAAGGUCAUCGGACGCAGGGCCCACGGACGACAGACUACCCUGUAAAGGAAAGGUGGCCAUCUCAGACCUGCGGAUCCCUCUCAUGUGGAAAGACACAGAGUACUUCAAGAACAAAGGAGAGCUGCAUCGGUGUGCAGUGUUCUGUCUGCUCCAGGUGGGGGCGGAGAUCCACGACACAGACAUGGUGAUAGUGGACCGGACACUCACCGACAUCUGCUUUGACAACACCAUAGUGUUCAGCGAGGCCAGCCCGGGAUUUGAGCUCCGCGUGGAGCUGUACAGCUGCUGUUCAGAGGAGGACUACUCGACAGGGAGCACGCCUCGGAAACUAGCCAGCAAACUGAGCAGCUCUCUGGGCCGUUCGGCAGGGAAGAAGCUCCGCGUCGCCAUGGACCCUGGAGCCUGCAGCCCCAUCAGCAACGGAGGAGCCACACUGCUGCUGCCUCUACCCACAGUAGUGGGACCGAAAUACCAUCUCCUGGCCCACACCACCCUGUCACUGUCACACGUCCAGGACAGCUUCCGCACACAUGACCUCAGCAUCUCGGGCAACGAGGAGUGUUCACACUGGGUGCCUCUGUACGGCAGUGUGUGUUGUCGCCUGGCUGCCCAGCCUCACUGUAUGACCCAACAGAUGAUGAGCGGCUGCUUGAAGGUCAAGCAGUUUGGAGGUGACCCUCAGAGUUGGACAAACGUCUACGGCGUCCUUAAAGGGACAAACCUUUUCUGUUACCACCAGCAAGAGGAUGUAGAGGCUAACAUAGAGCCAGCUUUUACCAUUUCCAUCAAUAAGAAGACGAGAAUACGGGCGUUGGAGAAGGACCUCCACAAUAAGGCCCAGAGUAUCUGUAUCAGUAACCAUUAUGGAGGAGAGGAGGUGACACACACACUCUCAGCAGACAGUCGUGAAGACACACAUCGCUGGAUGGAAGCCUUCUGGCAGCAGUUCUAUGACAUGAGCCAAUGGAAUCAGUGCUGUGAUGACUUAAUGAAGAUUGAGCUGCCAUCGCCCCGGAAAGCAACCCUGGUCACAUCGAAACAGGGUUCUCUUUACCACGAAAUGGUUAUUGACACCUCUGAUGACAUCAGCACGGUGACGGACAUCCUGGCACGGCGGAUGCAGGAGCUGGAGCUGAGGAGCCAGCUGGGGACCUCUCCUCCCUGGAUGUCCCUGUUCGAGGAGUCUCCUGGUUGCCCCCACACCCACAACCGCCUCCCCCACAGCCCCCUACGCUGCCCCCAGCCCGGCCUGCUCUCCUCAGAAGCCAGCCUGACCUCGGACAGCGACAGCCCCUGCAGCACCAGCCCUUGCUCCCGCCACAGUGGCUGGGCAGAGCCCCUCUCCCUCUCCUCCCCCUCCUCACACUUCCGCCCCCGCACCCUCUCCCUGGACGCCAAGCUCAGCACCCUCAGGGGCAGGGGGUAUGGAGGGGUGUUACAGUGCUCCUGUCAGCCCCCCUCCUCCUCCUCCCUUGCCCCCAUCCCAGCCCAACGCGUCCCCCAAGCCACCCUGUCCUGCUCCAGCUCUACCUCCAGUAACAGCUCCAGCGAGGGCAGCCACAGCCCUGAGUUGUCAGACGGCACCCCUUUCUCACGCCCCUCUUCGACCCGUCAAAGCCUCAGGAACUUGAGGGCUAAACUGGAUCCCCGGAAUUGGCUCCAGAGCCAGGUAUAACCCAGCUCAGAACCCACUCAUCUAAACCACAGAGCCAGGUAUAACCCAGCUCAGACCCCACUCAUCUAAACCACAGAUGCAGGUAUAACCCAGCUCAGACCCCACUCAUCUAAACCACAGAGCCAGGUAUAACCCAGCUCAGACCCCACUCAUCUAAACCACAGAGCCAGGUAUAACCCAGCUCAGACCCCACUCAUCUAAACCACAGAUGCAGGUAUAACCCAGCUCAGACCCCACUCAUCUAAACCACAGAGCCAGGUAUAACCCAGCUCAGACCCCGAGAUCCCCCAAGGUCCUGGUAAGAACUGACAGGAAGGAAGACCCCACUUCCUCUCUGAUGAAAGGGCCUUGGUAUUAACUGGAAUGACUUCAGUCUAAUGACAGGAGAAUUGUGAAUUGUCAGUGUAUGGGAAUGUUUAGUGUCUGAAUGCGGUCAUAGGGUUGUUGGUGUAACUUGUGAUCUAUUCAAAUGGCUAGACCCACUGUCACCUGUAAUAGCAAUUACAUCCUGCCAGAAAAGUCCUCUGAAACUACUAAUACACUGAUUUGCUUAUUGCAUGAUUAUGCUCGACGUCAAGGAAUGUGUUGUUUCAGAUCUUUAAACUGCUCAGAAAGUGAAUGAAUUUUGAAAGCUCAACUUAAUGCAACUGUGCUCCCAUUUAAUUUACUGUGCUACUUGUUACUACUGUAAUAAAACCAGGGUCACUUCCUCUGCUGGGUUUCCAGAACUUCCCCUACAUUCAUUAACACAUUCUAUGCCUAAUACACAUCAACCAAUAUGAGUUCACCAGGACAUUCUGUUAAGAAACUGAGUGCAAUUAUUUGUACCAAUGUAUGGAGUAAUUAUAAUGACUUGAAGGAAGCCAAAGGUAAUGUACUACAUAAUCACGAGAAGCCAUAUUAACUCCUGUGUUACACUGCCUCAUUGAAGUAGCGUGUGCAAAUGUACUGACUUUGAAGAGCGUAGAACCUGGGAAUGUGCAUACAUGGGUGAAGAGUUUUGGAAUCCCACAACUCUGACCUCUUUGUUGAUUAAUAGCUUAGUUUGUGGUACUACAGUCAUAACGGUCUCAGAAUUCUGCUGCAAUACCAUAUGAAACAUUGUAAUCGAUCAAGUAUGCAAUGCAGGAAAUAUUGAUCUCUAGAAAAUAUUGGGUUGUGUUUUUUUGUCUUAAGAUAGUGUAGUCUUUCACCUAAUGCCAAGUAGCUGAUUGUAUUGAUGUGGUAGGUGUGUCCCUGGUCUGUGCAGUAAAGCCUAACAAUCCCUGUGCUUCUAAUUGACUUUCUAACAUGCUACUGUGUCCCUCGGGCUCACAGCUGGCUCACUCCUUUUUACUCAGAGUAAAACAACUCUACAUGUUUCAAAGUGGCAUUUGUUACUGUAAAGGUUUUUUUAUAAGUUAACAAAACUCUUCUUUUUCUUAUACAUUAUACAUGAUUGAUUUUGUUAUAAAUACAGCUAUAUUGAUUUAUUUUAACAGAUUGCAUAUCUAUAACUGUGUCUAAUAGAUAACAUUGAAUGUUAACCUUGCAAGACUGUCUUGUGUUAGCAGACUGUCUGCAUGCACGUCAUCCUGGGGGAGAAAGCAAUAAGAACUCUGUCAUGUUUUAAAUACUGGAUUAACAUAACAAUAAAUGAUUUAUCCAUUCAGAAA